ACUAACAAUAUGGCUUCUUAUAGAUGUCACAUUAGUAGUUAUACACUUAUCAUUGUCCUCUUCCUAUCCAUGUAUUAUCCUACCAACAUCACAGCCAAUCCAGUUCCUUGGAAAAAUUCACAAAACUGGCUAAAUCAUGGUGGGGACUUGAAGAACAGAAGAUAUGCAGACAAGGAAACAAAGAUAAACCCUAUUACAGCUUCAAAGCUAAAACUGAAGUGGGAGUUCUAUGCAGGCAGAGAUAUUACUGCUACACCAGCAAUCUUCAAUGGUACCUUAUAUUUUCCGAGCUGGAACGGGAACAUCUACGCGGUUAAAGCAUCGGAUGGAUCCCUUGUUUGGAAGAAAAAUGUGUCUGAAGUUACUGGGAUUAAUGCACCCGGUUUUAUUCGGGGAGUGAAUUCGACGGUAUCAAGAUCAACUCCGACAAUAGCAGAAGACCUUGUUAUUGUUGGAUUAUAUGCACCUUGUGUUGUUAUUGCUCUUGAAAUAUUAACAGGGAAGCUUGUCUGGAUGACCCAACUUGACAAACAUCCUUCAAGUCUUGUCACCAUGUCCGGAACUUAUUACAACGGGGGUUUCUACGUGGGUACUUCAUCUCUAGAAGAAGGUGCAACCAUUGAACAAUGUUGCACAUUCAUCGGCAGCUUAGCCAAACUAGAUGUCCGGACGGGUGGGAUUAUAUGGCAAGCCUACAUGCUUCCUAGUAAUCAAGGCCGGAGAGGAGGAUAUGCAGGAGCAGCAAUUUGGGGUAGUAGUCCAUCAAUUGACAUCAAUAGAAACCUUGUGUACAUUGCCACCGGAAACCUCUACUCUGCACCGGAAAAUGUGACUGAAUGUCAAGAAAGGCAGAACAAUCAAACCAGUCCGACUCAGCCGGAUGAGUGCAUUGAGCCUGAAAAUCACUCAAACUCAAUUCUGGCUCUUGAAUUGGAGACUGGAAAGAUUAGAUGGUAUCGUCAACUUGGAGGGUACGAUGUUUGGUUUUUCGCCUGUAACAAUCUUUCGACCCCUAAUUGUCCGCCUGGACCCAACCCAGAUGCUGAUUUUGGUGAGGCACCAAUGAUGUUGAGUGUGUUUGUUCAUGGAAGGAUGAAAGACAUUGUUGUUGCUGUUCAAAAGAGUGGCUUUGCUUGGGCAUUGGAUCGUGACAAUGGCAGCCUCAUUUGGUCUACAGAAGUUGGACCUGGUGGUAUGGCCGGGGGAGGAACCUGGGGAGCGGCCACGGAUGAAAAGAGGGUGUACACAAACCUAGUGAAUUCAAAUCGCAACAAUUUUACUCUCAAGCCAUCCAACAGAAUCACAAAUGGUGGUGGAUGGGUGGCAAUGGAUGCUCGCAGCGGCCAAAUCCUCUGGUCUACAGCCGAUCCCAACAACGCCGGCACUAAUGGGCCUGUAACGGUGGCCAAUGGUGUUGUUUUUUCUGGUUCAACAUUCAGAGAAGGAUCAGUAUAUGCCAUGAAUGCCAUAACUGGAAAAAUUCUUUGGUCAUACAAAACGGGAGCUACAGUAUAUGGAGGGAUAUCGGUGAGCGAUGGUUGUGCAUAUGUUGGAAACGGAUAUAAAGUUAGUUUGGGAUUUCUUAAUCCAUCCUACACAAGUGGUACCUCGCUCUAUGCUUUCUGUGUCUAUUGAAGAUCUACAGCUACAUAUAUAAUUGAAAAGAAAAAUGUCAUUUAGCCAAAACUAAUGAUUUUACUUCUUUAAGAAUAAUAAUAAUAAUAA